GUGCUUCACAUCAACAUCCGGAGCUAACGUGUAGCAGCUCGUAAAAUCUAUUUAUCUUUGCAAACGUGUCAUAAACUCUGCUUAUGAAGAUCAAAUGAUCAAACUGAAUUUAGUGAUGUAUCUUCAAAGUUAGGAAUCAAAGAUAAAAACGAAGAAAAGUCCGGAGUUCGUUGUUUUCUGCGUCUAAACCUAACGUUAGCUUGUUAGCUUGCAGGGGCUAUGUAGCAGCUAGCUUGAAGCUAACGCUGGCUACAGGCUGGAAACGUAACAACAUCGAGAUAAAGUGAAGACAGUGUUUGCGUUGCAGGACUCAGAGUCCGGCUCACAUCAUGGCCGACGACCCUCAGAGAAACUUCCGCUCUGCUUACUAUGAGAAAGUUGGCUUCAGAGGAGUGGAGGAGAAGAAAUCCCUGGAGAUCCUGCUGAAGGAUCAUCCUCUGGAUCUGGAGAAGCUGAGCACCUUCAGUCAGAGGUUCCCCCUCCCCUCCAUGUACAGGGUCCAUGUGUGGAAGGUGCUGCUGGGCAUCCUGCCCCCACACAGUGACUCCCACUCUCUGGUGGGAGGCUACAGGAAGGAGCAGUACCAGGACAUCCUGGAGGCCCUGGAGGUCAUGAGGUACAUCAACUCCUCCACCCCCUUCACCCACGUCUACCUGCGCAUGUUCCAGCUGGAGAGCCAGGUGCUCCAGCGCUCCUCCGAGACCACACCCCCGGAUGAAGAGAACGAGGACUUCCUCUCCAUCAGCAGAGCCAUGGAGGAGAUCGUAGACGAUCCCGUCGACUGCUACUGGCUCAUCAAGUGUUUCAUCAACCAGUUCCACACAAAGUUCGGAGACUCGAUACCUCAUCUCCCGAAAAGCCUGGAGCAUUAUCUGAGUCAGGAGGAUCCGCGGCUGCUGAGCCACCUGAAGAACACCGGAGCCCUGGCUCAGCUGCCGUACGGACUCUGGUUCAGACGCUGCUUCGCCGGGUGCCUGCCGGAAUCCAGCCUGCAGAGGGUUUGGGACAAGGUGAUCAGCGGCUCCUGUAAGAUUCUUGUGUUUGUUGCUCUGGAGAUUCUGCUGAGCUACAAGAUCAUGUUGAUGGGCAUCAACCGGCCGGAGGGCACAGUCAAGUUCUUGUGCAAUAUUCCGCAGGAAAACACAGACGCCAUCGUGACCAAAGCCAUCGACCUGUGGCAUAAAUACUGCGGCACCCUGGUGCACGCUGUGUAGCCACACGGAGGAACCAGAGGUGUGAUGCUUUCCCAGAAUGCAGCAGGACUUCCUCUCAAACUCCACAGACUGUGGCGUUUACUCUCCGUGGGGAUUUGUCUCCGCUCGACUGAACUGAAAACUCAUCACUGGCUGUUGAUGAUAAGCCGAGCGACUCUGGAACCACUUUACAGAUGCACCAGUCAAUUUCCAGCUUUCCCCUAAAGACUAUGACGAGAGAGGCUUGGAUAAGGAACCCUGACGAGGACGUUGAAGGAGAUCACUGACGCAUGUUAUGUGUGGAUGUAUACGUUUGUAAAGAGACAAAGGAAGCAUCAACUUAUUACCUUUUAAUAAGUUUCUUUCUUUAAGAAACUGCAUACAUCAUAGAAGACUCACAAUAAAUUAAUACCCACAUGCAGCUUUUCUGCUUUACAAAAAACAUCUGAAAAGUCUUGUUUACUUUCUUUAUGUACAACAUGUCUUAUAGUUCUGAGAU